UCAAUUCAACUAGCCCAAGGCUGAAGCGCGGAAGUAGGCUAGUAUUGCUAUGUUAACUCGAUAAACAAUCAUAUUGCUGGCUAUUGUUAAUUUCAAGUGACUGUUUGUAUACCCAUGGUUAAAGGUGGGAAGUGAUGGCAUCAGGAUAUGGGAAAGCGGGUGCGAUGGGCGAUAAUGUCACGUUUCUAGGCAGUGGAGUACUCCCAGAGGUUGAGAUCAUGUCAAAAUAUCUGAAAGAACUGGAUAAGGAACGGUUUCGCUACAUACUGAAAGCUGUGGUUAACACAAUUGAAGGAAAGGACUGCUCCGAAGCAUUGAAGGCUACAGUUGAGAGUGGCAUUGUUACAGAAGAGAAAUUAAGUCACAUCAUCGCAGGAAUGUUUGGUCUGCUGAAAGAAGCUUUACGUCUCCCUAAGUCGUCAUUAAAGCAGGAGGUGUUCCAAGAGGACCUGCGGGCGCUUAAGAUAUCAGAGGAGUGUAUAGCAGACUUUUCUAGUGUUGUGUUUGGAAACCGACGUAUGGUUCUGGAAUCUAUAGGCACUCAUCAGGUUACACAGUUACCCAGCAUCAAGGAAUUCACAUGGAGAGUAGAUGUUGCCAUUUCUACAAGCUCUAUUUCCCGGGCUCUUCAACCUUCAAUACUUGGACAGAUUAAGCUCUCUGAUGAAACCAGACAUCGCUUUGAGAUUCCUGUUUCAAAGUUCCAAGAACUACGCUAUAAUGUUGCGCUCAUUCUAAAGGAGAUGAAUGACCUAGAAAGAAAAAACAUUCUCAAGAUUCAAGACUGAAACAUUACUUCCCCAACAAAUCAAUCACCUGCUAUGCCAUUUCAUUGUCCUUAAAACCAGCAUGGAUCAAAUAUGUGUGUAACCUGCAAAAUAUUACAUGAGAGAUGUACUGUAUAUAACAAUAUGAAAAAUAGUUGACACUUUAGAAAUCCACUGUAUGAUCGUGUGCUGUUUUCAUUUUUGCAAAUACAAUAAAACCUAUAACAAACAAA